CCAACCCAACUGGACCAUCGACAACGACAGCCCCCAAUUGCAAAGACGGAUGGAAAGCAUUCAACGGAUAUUGUUAUUUUGUGCAAAAUUUCACUCUUGGUAGUGAUGGCCUCUGGGCUUCGUGGACUCCAGAUGACGCUCAAGAGCAAUGCCAAAUGCGAGCUUCAAACUUAGUGGCCUCGUAUAACGUUUUGGAUCAAACGCAGCACGUACCGAGCGGGACGGGAUCCUGUGGGUACGCUGAGGCGUGGAUUGGAUUACGAGCCUACCCUGACAACACACCCCAUGGGUGGAUGGGACUCCAGUUGACUAUUCACAUCACGUCUAUUUUCCAAUCAACGACGAGACAAUGGCUCGGGGGG